AUGUACAAGCCCAAGCUCUCCACUCACAUCAACCGAGUCCGAUUCGACAUCGAAAGCUCCUCUGGGGCGCAGAAUGCCAUACCGACUCCUGGUUUAGCUGGUCGGCCCACUGCACCCAUGUCCCCAGUAAUUCCGGACGAUGUCGCUAUCGAUCCCACCGAUGAUUCGAGCGGACCUCGUGGUGUGCCCACGGCGCAUAUUGAUGUACUUGCCGAGGAAUUCGACGAUGACAUGGCCACAAUCUCCGAUGAGCUUGAGUCUCUGUAUGACCCAAACGAUCGGCCGAUUGACUUGCCGCCGUCUAGACAGUCCAGUGUCGACCUCGACAAAUUCCUGGAUGAUCCAUCCGAUGAAGAGAGUCUUACAUCCCGUUAUGCUGAAGAGGAGGCCAUCUCUGCUAUCGACACAUGGCUCCCAUGGUAUCCUCUACGAAAGAAAGAGCAUGUUGCCGCAUUGUUGCUGUUGGGCAACGGGCGCAACUUACUUUCCACUGCACAGUACAAACGCAUACGGUGCAUUCUCAAAAAGGUCCUGAAUGUUGAUCUGCCUGACCUUGGUCUGUACCAUCUCCCGUGGCCCCAAAUGUAA